CUCGGUCCAUGCCCUUCCCUUUGGAUAGCAGAAAAAAAAAAACCUCACACGGGAGAGCGACGGAGAGAAAACAGCGAGGGAAAAGUGGAAGAAGGAGGCGAAAGCGCAGAGACAAAUGAAAAGGUCGUAUUCUGAAGCGGAAACCAGGAAAAGACUAAAGAAAUCGCUUUAAGUUCCCUCUCCAUCAUGCCGCUCCAUAAAUCAUCUCGAGGCUCUCGUCUGGAUCCCACCAUGAUCUCAGCCCCUUUGGGGGACUUUCGCCACACCAUGCACAUCGGGAGGGGAGGAGACGUCUUUGGAGACACCUCCUUCCUGUCCACUGUAGGUCCCAGCCCCACCACUUCAGGUCCAAGCCCCACCACUUCGGAAACGAGCGGUUCUGGGGUCAUCCCAGCUGCAGAACCUGUGGUGUCGGUCAACAACGGCGGUUUUCGUGCAGAGUCUCCUGUAGAAAAUGAGCUACAGUCCUCCGAUUCCAUGUCUUCACUCACGAUGGACCUGGACUUGGACCUGGACCUGGGCCCGUCCAUGCUCGGGGAUGUAUUAGGGGUGAUGGACGGUUUGUCGGUCGACUCGGACAAGGAGAACGUGUUCGGCCCCCAAAGUGACGCCUUCACAGUGGAAACAAAACAGGGCAGAAGAGUCACAGAGAGGUCUCUGAACGUGCAAAGGGAGAUGAAUGAGAAGAACUUGGAUGCAAACCAGGUGGAAGGCAGCAGGACGCCGGACGAGAACGGAUUCAAGCCCGCGGGGUUCCGACCAAAGGUGAGAUUCAGCGACAAGCGGGAGGAGAUCAUUCGCCAGGCGUCUGAGGAGGAAGAGGGUCAAAGCUUUGACUUCCAGGGUGACCAACAGCUGGCAUGUGACAGUCCACCGACAGGGGAGAGCGACUGGAGGAAGGGCGAAUCCGAGUUCACCAAUCACCGAGCAGAUCUGCCCCCCAGCCCGUCCUCGUCAGACAGCUCGGAGUAUGAAGGAGUCACGCCGCUGGACAGGAGGAGGUCCGAGAGCUGCCACUUAGAGACUGAUUCAGACGAAGGGGACGAGGAAACGGGACGGGGAUACACAUUUGAAGACGAGUUCGACGAUGAAAUCGUUGUAUAAACUUUGGCCGAACCUCGCUGCAUUUGAAUGUCGUCCGAACGGGAGACUUACAAACCAGACUUUAUGGAGUUCUGUGGAAAGAUUGACGAACUUUUGUAAAAGUGUCUUUAAACAACCUCAGUUUGGACAAAUAGAGGUUAACUCUGAUUGGAUUGACGUGCUAAUGGCUAGGUAAAGUCCAAGGUGGAUUUGUGCCGUUCUAAAAUAACCUAAACACAGCUUUAUAAACGUUCAUGAACCUUCUUCUUUAGUGACAUUGAAUUCAACGGCUACUUACGAGCGGCGCUGUUACGGUCGUGCUGUUUUGAGACUUAAGAAAUCUUCUCUGGUCUUGGAAUCGCUCAGGCCGCUCGAUUUAAACCCCAUUUCUCCAGACGAGGUUGUUGAAAGAGCUGCGACUGUCAAGAUGUUUAUUCUUCACUUCCCUCUCAGUAAAUGCCAUUUUGAAACGAUCCCACUGAACAGGAAACAUCCAGGUUCAAAAUGGUCUUUCAAAACGGCAGGAAGGAGGUUUCUCAACUGGAAAAUUCACCUUUUUUUAUUUUAUCCAAUAAGUUAAGAAGUUCAGAAGACUUCUGAAAACCAAAAGGGCCUCAGAUCAUUUUGUAGCACUUUGGAUUUCCUUCAGUCAGCUGGCAGCGUUGCUGCGUGACUCAGCCGCGGUCAGUCCGGUCUGAGGUUUUAUAUCUGAAGUGUAAGGUGUACGGUCGGUGCGGUUUCUUAAACUUGAUCUCGUUGUGCCUUAAAGAGAUCUACACGUCCAUCGCUGCUUCGCUUAGCCCAGUAGAGUUGGUUCAAACCGGUCCUCAGAGACUUGCGUUGGUAAUGAAUUACUGUGAAUUUGUCACAUUCCAAAGCUGGUAAUGUGAGGCCUUCUGCUCCAAACCACAUCUAAGUGUAGUCCCCCCCCCACUUUACCAAAGCCAUCUAUCCUUCAGGCUCUGGGGAUGGGUUGAUACUAGAAGGAAAAGACAAUCAUGGGAUUUAAAGGUCAACCCUAUCGGGAUAAGCGCGUUUUUGUGCACGCCGUCUGCCUCUGACACGGUUUGCCUUUUAUUUUCUUACUAAAUGCUGUAAAAGGGAGAUGCUAUUUUAGCUUUUGUCCUGAAAAUGCUGGCUUAGACGUGUCCAUUUCUCUGUUUAAUUACAUGCAAUGAAAACAAUAAACAUAUUAUUGGGA